AUGGAUGAAGAAAUAGAAACACCAAUGACCGAUGAAAUGGUUGAACCAUCAACAGAACCUAAAACUGAAGAAAAAGGUUAUCUUGCACGAGAUGAAUAUACAUCAGAACGAUUUAAACUUGAAUUAAAUAAUCUACCAAAAUAUUUUGGAUUUGGCGAUUUAAAAAAAAAACUCAAAUUAUUAGGUGUUAAUUUUGUUAAAAUUAAAGUACCGAAAUCAGCUACACAUGCUUAUGUUAAUUUUCGAAAUGAAGAAGACAGAGAAAAUGGUUUAAAAUUACUCACUGGAUGGACUUAUCGAGGAAAUCGCAUUGAAGUAUCGCAUGCUAAACCAGCAACAGAUAUAAUGUUUCGAGCAGCAAAACCUAAAAAAAAUGAUAAUAAACGUGAUCAAAAUGUGGGUAAUCAAAACGAUUCUGAUUUACCAGAUGAAAUCAAAAUUCAAAAUUCAGCUACACCACUUUGGAAUUUAUCUUAUGAAGAACAAUUAGCAAAAAAAUCAACGAUUGUACAAGAAUUUUUAAAAGGACUUGAACAAAAAAUAAAAGAAACUAGUUCAAAAACUGUAAUUAUUCCUUUUGAAGGAAUAAAACCUUCACCUGUUAUUGAUGGAUAUCGAAAUAAAUGUGAAUUUUCAUGUGGAAAAGGAAAUAAUAAUGAAGAUAAAGUUGUUGGUUUCCGUUAUGGAGAAUAUCGCUAUGGUAUUGAUCGUGUAGGUAGUCCAAGGGUUUGUAAAAAUGUAUCUGAUACAAUGAAACUUCUUGUUCAACAUUUUCAAGAUCAUAUUCGAUCUCGUUCAUCUCCAUGGUAUUCAGGUGAAACUCAUGUUGGUUGUUGGAGACAAUUAACAGUACGAACAAGUCGUUUAAAUCAUUUAAUGAUUAUGAUUUCAUUUUGUCAAGAUCAAUUAUCUCCUGAAGAAAUUGAUGAAGAAAAAAAAUCUUUACUAAAUUAUUUUACACACGAUGCUGGAAGUAUUUGUAAAGUUACAAAUAUUAUUUUUAAUGUGGAAAAAAAUAAAGCUGGAAAUGAACUUAUUCAAAGUGAAAUUCUAUUGGGUGAAUCGUAUAUUGUUGAAAAAUUAUUUGAUUUUCAAUUCCAUGUAUCGGCUAAAGCAUUUUUUCAAGCUAAUACACAAGGAGCUGAAAUACUUUAUUCAUUAAUAAAAGAUUCAAUGAAAUUAGAUAAUGAAACCAUUGUACUUGAUAUAUGUUGUGGAACAGGAACAAUUGGUAUUACAUUAGCAAAUAAUGUUAAACAUGUUGUUGGAAUUGAAAUGAAUAAAGAUGCUGUUGAAGAUGCAAAACGUAAUGCUCAAUUAAACAAUAUUAAUAAUAUUGACUUUAUUGCUGAAAAAAUUGAAAAUGUUAUUCAUAAAUUAGUAAAUAAAUAUGAUCAACAACGACUUGUUGCUAUUCUUGAUCCACCACGUGCUGGUGUUCAUCGAAAAGUAAUUCAAACAUUACGUUCAGCUGAAAAUAUCAAAGUCUUAGGUUAUAUCGCAUGUAAUCCGCAAUUAGCAACACAUAAUCUUAUUGAUUUAAACCGUCCACGAUCAAGAGCUUAUCAAGGUGAACCAUUUGAUGUUGUAACAACAACAGCUGUUGACUUAUUUCCACAUACACCUCAUUAUGAACUUUUCAUCUUGUUUCAACGAUGA